AUGUACGUUCAAGAUGUCGUGGAAGAGCGCGAAGGAAUGGAGUUUGAAAACAGCGCUAGCGCUUGGCGUGAGGACUCGACGGCGUCGUUGAGACGUUCGAGGAAGAGCACCUUAUUGAAUCAUCUUUUCCAUACAAAUUUCACGGAGAUGGACGCAUACAAUGGAAGGAGUCAAACAACCAAAGGCAUUUGGAUAGCUAAGGGUGUUGGCAUUGAGCCUUGUACAAUUGCCAUGGAUUUGGAGGGUACUGAUGGGAGGGAAAGGGGUGAGGAUGAUACUACAUUUGAGAAACAAAGUGCUCUAUUUGCUUUGGCAGUUUCUGACAUUGUGCUAAUAAAUAUGUGGUGCCAUGAUAUUGGUAGGGAGCAUGCUGCCAAUAAACCUCUUCUAAAAACAGUUUUUCAGGUCAUGAUGCGUUUGUUCAGUCCCCAUAAAUCAACCCUGUUGUUUGUUAUACGUGAUAAAACAAAGACCCCACUUGAACGUUUGAAGCCUGUUUUAAGGGAAGAUAUUCAGAAGAUAUGGGAUGCAGUGCCCAAGCCCCAGGCCCAUGAGAAUACUCCUCUUAGUGAAUUUUUUAAUGUUGAGAUCACUGCUUUAUCCAAUUAUGAGGAGAAGGAGGAGAAGUUCAAAGAGGAGGUUGCUCAACUGAGGCAGCGAUUUUUCCAUUCUAUUUCUCCUGGAGGGCUUGCUGGUGAUAGACGUGGUGUUGUCCCUGCUUCUGGAUUUUCGUUUAGUGCACAGCUGAUAUGGAAAGUUAUAAAAGAGAACAAGGAUCUGGAUCUUCCUGCUCACAAGGUAAUGGUUGCCACUGUCCGGUGUGAAGAGAUUGCCAAUGAGAAGUUAAGUCGCUUGACCUCUGAUAAGGCUUGGUUGGCACUGGAGGAAGCUGUUCAAGCAGCUCCAGUAUCAGGUUUUGGGAAACAACUCAGCUCAAUUUUAGAAAAAUAUUUUUCAGAAUAUGACAUGGAGACAGAAUACUACGAUGAAGGUGUACGAAAUGCAAAACGACGGCAACUGGAGUCAAAAGCAUUGGAUUUUGUUCACUCUGCAUUCACCACCUUGUUGGGACAUCUGCGUUCCAAAGCUUUCGAGAGUUUUAAGAGUAGACUGGAGCAGUCACUGAACAAAGGAGAAGGGUUUGCUACAUCUGUUCGUACUUGUACUCAUUCUUGUUUGCUCGAGUUUGACCAAGGAUGUGCAGAUGCUACCAUAAGUCAGGCUAAUUGGGAUGCUUCAAAAGUCUCUGACGAACUUCAGCGUCAUAUUGAUGUACAUGCAUCAUCUGUUCGUAGUGCAGAGUUGUUGAAAAUGAUAGCCAGUUAUGAGGAACAACUUAACCUGGCACUGACGAAGCCGGUAGAAUCCUCACUUGAAGCUGGUCAGACAGACACCUGGGCUUCAAUAAGAGAAAUUCUUAAAAGUGAGACUCAGGUUGCUGUAGCAAAGCUUUCAACUAACAUUGCUGGUUUUGAGUUGGACCAAGCGAUAGUUGACAAAAAGGUGCAAAAAUUGAGGGACUAUGGAAGAGACUUGGUGGAGAAAAAGGCAAGAGAAAAAGCUGGAGAAGUUUUGAUUCGUAUGAAAGCUAGGUUUUCAACCGUAUUCAAAAAAGACAAUGGAAAGGAUGCACUCUCUGCGUCUCUAAAGCUUUUAUCUGUUAUGGCUGCCAUACGCUUGGAUGAGAAGCCUGAUAAGAUUGAAGAAUUACUUUUUUCCUCUCUCAUGGAUGGUGCUGUUGCUCUUCCAUCUUCUGAGGAUGGGAGCAUUAGAGCUCCUACAAAUGGUCUUGCCUCAAGCACUUGGGAGGAGGUACUAUUUAGUGGUUACUGGUAG